UAUAGCUAAUUUAUGUAUUGGAGAUAUAAUUACAGCCAUCGAUGGGGAAAAUACCAGCAACAUGACGCACUUGGAAGCUCAGAACAAAAUCAAGGGCUGUGUAGACAACAUGACUCUCACAGUAUCCAGAUCUGAACAUAAAGUCUGGUCUCCUCUCGUGACAGAGGAAGGGAAACGUCAUCCGUACAAGAUGAACUUAGCCUCUGAACCCCAAGAGGUCCUGCACAUAGGAAGUGCCCACAACCGGAGCGCCAUGCCCUUCACCGCCUCGCCUGCCUCCGGCUCUGCCCCCAGGGUCAUCACAAACCAGUACAACAACCCCUCCGGCCUCUACUCCUCGGAAAACAUCUCCAACUUCAACAGCGCUUUGGAGGCAAAGACGGCAGCCGGUGGACCAGAGACGAAUGGCAGAGGCUUAGAGCAUUCUCAGUCUCCAAGCGGACUCGUCAUCGACAAAGAAUCCGAAGUUUACAAGAUGCUUCAGGAGAAACAGGAGUUAAAUGAGCCCCCGAAACAGUCCACGUCAUUCCUGGUGUUGCAGGAGAUCCUGGAAUCGGAGGAGAAAGGGGAUCCCAACAAGCCCUCGGGAUUCAGAAGUGUUAAAGCUCCGGUCACCAAAGUGGCUGCAUCUAUUGGAAAUGCCCAGAAGUUGCCCAUGUGUGACAAAUGCGGCACCGGCAUCGUCGGUGUGUUCGUGAAGCUGCGGGACCACCACCGCCACCCUGAGUGCUACGUGUGCACCGACUGUGGCACCAACCUGAAGCAGAAGGGCCAUUUCUUUGUGGAAGAUCAAAUCUACUGUGAAAAGCACGCCCGAGAGCGGGUCACCCCACCGGAAGGCUACGACGUGGUCACUGUGUUCCCCAAGUGAGCCGGCAGAUCUGCACCGAACACUACUCUCUCACUAGCCCCGUUGCGCCUCGUCCCCGCCCCGCCCUCUCCUCUCUCGGAGGUCCCUGCUCCCUGUGGUUGGAUCCCUGCUCAUUAAACGUGGCGUCCCCGCCUGUGCCCACUGGCCCCCACUGCCCAGCGAU